UCUUCUUCUUCGCAAGUUGGUCUGUCUGACGUUGAAUGAGAAAGAGCAGGUGGCACACCAAGUGGGACGCCUCUGGCAGCUUCGGAAGUCGAAAUCUUUGAACUUUGAACACGACCCCCUAACCAGAGCCGCUCGCCAUCAGCGGCGUGGUCACAGGGCAAGCUCAUCCAGAGAGUACGUGAUAGCGGCAGAAUAAACCCUUCACUCCAAAUUGGAGGCUGCCAUUCGUCCUCCAUCCUACAAUUCUCCGAUACGCACUGUCUGGUAUGUAAUACCACUUGUGGCACCCAAUACAGAUUUGACACAUAUAACGGUGGAAGCAUACUUCUUUUGGUGUUCCUCCGCUCUGUGGAUUUUGGCACCUGGGCUUUUCUUCGCAGGAGCAGUGAACUUCGACAAUGGUCUUUCUGCAGUUUGGCGUGCGAUUCUUCUGAUCCAUCCUUUUCUGGUUUGUGCGGAAGCGGGUUUUCUGUCAUAUUCUUAAUUAGUUGCAUGUGACUUGUCUAAUCCAGACGAAUUUGAAAUAUGUGUGGCUAGGGUUUACAUGCAGAACAAGCUAAACCCAUGUACUUGAUGUCUGAUUCAUCCAGUAUGGUUGGCAGGGAAAGUGUGCAUUUUUUCUUUAUUUAAGGGCAACUUUAUUAAAGAAGAUAAGGCUUUUGGAUUGUAUCUGUCAGACUUCGCGGUUCAACUCCAUAGACCUGAACCUAACAGAGAAGGAAUCGAGAGCAUCCUAGAGGAAGCUAAGCAAUAUUUCUCACUAUCCAUAGCUUUCCAAAAUAUGGCGAAUCGGUGGUGGGCUGGAAACCUGGCAAUGAGACCCGCCUACCCAAUAUCAUCUUCUCCGUUGCUCCAGCUCAGAAACCAAAAAGAUGACGCCAGCGGAUUGAAUCGUCUCGGGCGUAGACGAGAAAAAGAAUUCAUGGACAACGCCGAUACCAAGACUAACAACAACGCCACCUCAACCAAUAGCAGCAACACAGACCCAAACGUCCAAAACACCAUAGACAGCGAUAGCUGCCAAGCCAAUGACCAAAAUCCCGGAAGCCACGAAACGGUUGAAGCCGGCAGUAGUGGCCGCCGACCAAGGGGCCGCCCAUCGGGGUCCAAAAACAAGCCCAAGCCCCCUAUCGUUGUAACCAAAGAAACCCCGAACGCGCUUCGAAGCCAUAUGCUGGAAAUUGGAAGCGGCAGCGACGUGGCUGAGAGCAUAGCGACCUUCGCGAACCGCCGACACCUAGGAGUAUCAGUGCUUAGCGGAAGCGGCAUUGUGACCAAUGUCACGCUCCGGCGACCGGGCGCACCUGGUGGGGUGAUCACGUUUGAUGGAAGGUUUGAGAUAUUGUCUUUGUCCGGGGCAUUCUUACCGGCGGCUUCACCGCCGCGGGGCCCCGGGUUAACAGUGUAUUUAGCGGGGGGACAAGGGCAGGUAGUUGGCGGUACGGUGGAGGGAUCUCUGGUGGCUUCGGGGCCUGUGAUGGUGAUUGCGGCCACAUUUGGUAGUGCUACUUAUGAAAGGCUACCUUUAGAGGAAGAGGCGCGCGGCGAGCAAUCAACAAGAACAGGAACUGCGUCAUCGCAAGGUUUGGGUGGACAAGCUUCAAUGCCCAUGUACGAUUUAGCUCCAAUUUUGCUAUCGAAUGAUCAAAUGCCUCAUGACCUGUUUUGGGGCUCUCCGCCGCCCCCAUCUUACUGACUAUACCUGCCAAUGAUCGUAUUUGUUCUAUGUACGCUGUAUGUUCAAUCGGUUUGCAGGCAAGGUUAGAGCUUUUUGUUUUGAUUUUCUGAAUACAAUAAUGCUGGGAGAAAAUGUUACUUGUUUGGUAUCUCUUUCCGUUUACGUAAUGAUUAGGCAGAGGAUCCAGAAAUAUGAUGCGGAGCUUGAUUUCCUGCCUGGUUUCUGAAUUUGUGCUGAUUACAGUUGCAAUCGGAUUCGGAUGAAGUGAGGCAGGGGCGUAAAGGCGGGAGGGUCAAUUCAUCUCCCCUUGCCCCACCGCAUCAUAUUCAUGUUGCUUAGUCUGCAUUGUACCUGACGAGGUUGUUUAGGAUUUCGUGUGUUUUGGUUAUAUUACAAAUUGAAGAGAGUCAAAACUAAUGUCAUUAGUAUUAACUGCAAGGUGGAGGAAAUGGUAUCAAUUUGCCUGCCCAAAUUGCAACCGGGCAC